AUGUCUUACGAAACAACCACACGAGAUGGGCACGCCCUACAAUAUUGUCAGAAUGAAGAUCUCGAAUAUUACCGGGCCUGGUUGAAUCAGUUUUUCAGUCCUCAGUACGACUUCUCUUCCAGCAGCCGUCCAGCUAGCUACCAUGCUGUUACACACCCUCACAUCUUUGCAGAGGGCGGUAUGACCAACGCCACGAGUGCAUAUCCCACUGGCCCUUAUGUCCCCCAGUACGUGAGGGACUUGCCUUUUGAUCGUUUCCCCCAAGCUCCUUCUACGCAUGGUGGUGCAUCAGCUUCUACCCGUGGUAGCCUCGAGAACAACCUGCACACUAGGGCCCAGGGAAAUGAGUCAACACAGAGUGAUAUCCACCCGCAUGGCUCUUUUCCGGAAUACCCACGAGAACGAGACAUCACCGCUCGUGGGCGGCAUCAGAAUCGCCGUGCCCGUCUAUUCAGAACUCAUACGAGCCCCAACAACGUGACCGCGAUACAUCCAACUCUCGGGCCUUGCAUCCUGGUCCCAAUCAGAGGAGCAAGUGACGGGGAUCCCGCAAUCACUGGUAGCGGGAUGGUCCACCACAGGGAUCACUACAACCGCCGCCUCGACCGUCUUCGUCGACGCCACGAUCGUGAAGACUCCCCAUAUUUGAGAUCUACUACACCUUCUCCUACAAGGUCUGCUUCUCCAUAUGUAUCGACUCCCUCCUCGUCUCCCAGAGUGACCUACAUUCCAAGCGGCCGAGGAGAUGGUAGCUACGUCCGUUUGGAGGAAUUUACCCCCUACGACCGCCCACACAGCUCCUAUGAGCCAGAUUUUGGCCGUGAUGCUUCUCUCAGCACCGCCCGGACCUGUUCUGAGUGUCGCGAGUCCGGGUUCCGCAGCUCUUGUGGGCCGACCAUAGGAAGACCAUUCGGACCGACGUCUCGAACCGCCCAGGAGCACACUACCCAUGGGCAGCGUGUUUCUGAACGGGGGGACAAUGGAACUGGAAACGAGGACGUGCAGGCUAGUGUGGAGGGCGAUACUUAG